GGUGUGCGUGUCGCGCCGCAGCGCUCCUGACAUCUCUGUGUAUAUAACACCUCUUACUCAGCACUUACUCGCGUCAUUCCCAGUGCCACGACUCCUUCACUUUCACAUCCUUCACUGAAUGUCAGGGAACUGUGUUCACGGCAAACAUUCAUUAAGUAAUUACAGUUUGGAGUUAGUUUUUUAGGCGGAUGUUUGGAAUGGGAAAAAUGGAUUACCAGUUGACGCGCGCGUCACGUUUGGAAUUUCCCUGGAAUCUGGAAUGAUAAAGUAGCGAUGGUUUGAAAAACUCAAGACUCACUUAAUGUGUGUUGAAAAUGCCGUCAUGAGCGCCGUGUGUGCCAGAGGCGCGUCGGUCGUGUGGCGUGUGUGCACGCGACGUCUGGGGCGCCGCACGCUGGCGACGGCUGCGGCGGCGACGCUGCUGUGGGCGGCCGCCGUCGUCCUCCUGCCUCCUGACGACGGAGUGAGUCUCCUACAGCAGCCAGCAGCACGACGCAUACAGCAGCAGCACGAGGAACUGCAGCAGCACGAGCAGCUGCAAAGACCGCAGCAGCACGAGGGACUGCAGCAGCAACAGCAUGAGUCAGGUGAUCAGCUGCAGCUGAUACAUGACGACCAACGGCAAGCUGUUGUUGUCCAACAAGGUCAGCAACAACAGCAAGAUCAUAGACAAGAGGGACAAAAUCAACUGCAAGAUCCCAGACAACACGAUCAACAGCAGCUUCCGAAUGAGACUAGUUAUCGUCUUCCUGAAGAUCAUAAUGGAAGAAUUGGGCUGCAGAUAAACAGGGAGAUGGGGUCAGAACUUUUAGGCGCCGGAAACUACUUGGUCCAAAAUAUUGGCCGUGUGGCUCCUUUGGGUGAUGCAAACGUGCUUAAUUAUAUAAUAAACGUUGAAGGUGAUCAAAGAGGUGCCAUUUCGCCUAGGGGCGCAGAAGGUUCUAGAUUAGACGUAGUUUAUAUUGCCGACUCGUCAUUGGAUGAGACUAGAAGGAAGUCCGGUGCAUUUGCACCAAUCACAGUCCAGAAAAAACUGGCGGAGGAAUACCAUCACAACGAAGGUGGCGACGACAAUCUUGCGAAUAUCAACAAACUAACCUACCUAAGAAAUCAGAAUAAAGACAAGAAAGAAGGUAAAGACAAUGAAGAAGGAAACAAUGAUAUUGAUGAAAAGAAAGAACCUCAAGAGAAUGAGGGUCAAAAGAGACGUGGAGGAGGCGUUGAAGCCAACGAGGGCCCUUACACCCUGCCCAUCCUGAAGGCUCCACGAGACACGAAGGCUUCUGGGCCUCAGAAGGCUGUGGGCUACAUGGCAAAGCUGGUCGCCACAGGCGACGCCAGACGACUCCUACCUGCCACAGGCGAAAACGCAGGCGAAGCUGACGACGUCGACGUUGACGGAGGAAUAAAUGGUGACGUAAAACCCACAGGCGACGGCGACGCAGGCGGCGAUGAGGGAGGGGUUGUGCAGUUCCAAAAGGCGCGGGGGGUCUACAGCGGCGUGGGGGGCGUCUUCCCCCUGCACCCCGUGGAGUGGCAGCACAAAAAUGGAAUGGUUGGCCGCCUCUUGAGCGGCCAACCAUCAGCUGGAGGCCAAUCAUCGGAAGGACCAUCAGCGGCAGAAAGCACCCCGCUGCUGGCACUCGCUGGUGUCCUCCUAGGCAAGCUGGCGGCGGACAACCCGCAACUCUCCCCUACCAAGCGACGCUCUCUCAACCUGCAGACCAAAGACGUGCAGCAGAAGCUGGAGAAGGUGUACGUGCGCCAGCUGCGGGACCGAGGGCAGGUGGUGCCCCUGGUGGGGGGCGGCGAGAAGAUUGUGUCCACAUUGCGGUCCGCGGUCCGCUUCCCACACUCCCUUAAACACAUCCAGCCCCACAACUGGGGACCUGAGUACCGCAUCUUCCUCAAUGUGUGGGGCUCAGGUAACCCCCUGCAGGGCUCAGGUAACCCCCUGCAGGGCUCGGGUAACCCCAUGCAGGGCUCAGGUAACACCCCUGGUAACUCCCCUGUAGAGGUAGUGAACAGAACGAUGACACUGCAGGGGAAUCACUUCACCGUGCUGGGGUGUGGAGGGCUCGUCGUGAUCCGUAACCCCUUCAAGGCCCUCAUCUCCCACCGCCACCUCGACGUUGGGGGACACACAGGCUUUGCUCCAAAAUCACAAUUCGUGGGAAAAGGCUGGGCCUACUUCGUCGCCCUCAAGAUCCAGCUCUGGGAGAACUUCUACUCGGACUGGGUGAGGCAGUGUCCCGCAGCCGACGUAUUCGUCACCCACUACGAGACUCUCAAACGCGACCUCAGAGCCGAACUCACGGCCAUCCUCGAGUUCCUGAAGUUCCCGGUGUCGGAGACUCGUCUGCAGUGCCUCCUGACGCAGCCCGAUGGAGCCUUCCGCCGUCGGGACAGCCACGCCGUCAGUGGCAUCGACUACUUCCCGUGGCACCUCAAGUGCCUCGUGUACUCCGCCAUUGCCAGGCUGGACGCCGCUCUCCUGGCGGGUGGCAAGCGCCCCCUGCCCGUCCAGGACUACGAGUGGUACGACAACGCCGAGGCCCGUAACGUGGCCCGAGACGGGUGUCCUCCUGAGUCCAACAUCGCCGUGCCCUGACCGCGGGGCCCUCAUGAUGGGUAACUUGACGGGUCCUGCUGUGCCCUGACCGUGGGGGCCCUCCUGAUGAGUAACUUGACGGGUCCUGCUGUGCCCUGACCGUGGGGGCCCUCCUGAUGAGUAACUUGACGGGUCCUGCUGUGCCCUGACUGCUGGGCCCUCAUGAUGAGUAAACUUGGAAUUUGCUGUUGGUGAUGAAGUGUUAUUGAUAACAGCAUAUGGCGGUACGAUAAUAGACGCCUACCAACGACGGCACAUGGUGACUGUGGGUCGUGACAGUACAUGGCAGAUAACGAGGCUAGAUGGUCUCGUGACGACGUCUCACUUCUUGUGACGACGUCUCACUU